AUGAAUUUUGUAUGUGAAUUAAGUUUUCCAUUGGCAACAGCACGCCAUGCUCAAAUCGUCUACAAUUCGGUACGCAUUGAUAAAGAACCAAAGAAAACAGUUCAACGUAUAGAAACCUUGGAUAACAAUAUUCUCAAUGUUCGAUUUGAAGCUGAAGAAGCAAAAUUUAUUCGUGUAGCUGUUGAAAGUUAUAUUGAAAAAAUUAAUUUAAUACUUCAUUUUAAACGAAUUCAUAAUGAAGAACAAUUAGAUGAUUUUAUUCAAUCAUCUUCAUUGAAUGUUCUUGUGUUUGUCGAUAAACAACAGUGCAAUAAUGAAAAUGAUGAUAAAUGUGCUCAACAACGUAGUCAAUUAGAACAAAUUCGUGAUUUAUGUACCAGUGAAAAUAUUCAAUUUGCUCUUUCAACUAACGCAACAAUUGCUGAAAAAUAUUUCAAUAUUUAUGGAUCAUUACCCAAACUUUGUUUUUUUAGAAAUGGUUUUCCAAUUAUUUAUUCAGGUGUACUUUCGAAUAUGGAUAGUAUUCAAGAAUGGUUUGGUGAAGGACGAGAAAAAUUGACACAUGUUUUAGAUGAUAAAACAUUUGAGCAUGAUACACAAGCAGCAACUGGUUCGACUACAGGCGAUUGGUUUAUUCUUUUUAAAAAAACUAACGAGUCACGUAGUUUACUCCCUGUCUGGGAAGCUGCAUCUCUUCAAUUUCGAAAUCGAGCAAUAUUUGCUUAUGUUAAUGUAGAUACAAAUCCAAUUAUACAAAAACGUUUUCAUCUAUUUAAUUUACCUGCUUUUAUAUUAUUUAAAAAAGGCAAAAUGUAUCGCUAUGAAAGUGCAUCAUGGAAACAAACAGCAUUUGUACAAUUUAUUGAAAAUGGAUAUCAAAAUGUUAAAGCUGAAAAAGUUCCGGUUGAACCAAAUGCUUUUUCAUUGUUUUCUGAAAAAGCAGCUCAAAUAAUUCCGAUGUAUUUAAUAGUAAUACCGAUGAUAUGUCUUGCUGUUGUUCUUCUCGUUCUUGUUAGUGGUUUUGCAAAGAAAAAGAAAACAACAACAACUGAAAGACCAUCAUUUCAAGUGAAAAUUGAUUAA